UUCACGCGCAGACCUUCCGCGGAUAAACAUUGUAAGCGAACGGCUUUGGGAGGAUGUCACAUUUAAAAGUUUUGCGCGGGAAUUUCGCGCGUCAAUUAUUUUUUUCGCCAUGUAAAAAAAAUACGAACAAACUACGGACAAACAUAGUGCUAUCGCAGCAUGGUGAAGAUUUUGGUAGAAAUUUCGCUACUCAAACAGCACCCAAUGUAGACAAUAAAUAUUUAACAUCGCCUUGGGGUGACAUUCAAGUUGGAAAGGAAACUGUAACUGAAUUUGUGUUUGAAGACAUUGCAUUAUGGGCAGACAAGCCGGCAGUGACAUGCGGUUUAUCCGAGCGCUCAUACGACUAUGGUAUGCUGCGUAUGUUGGUGGAGCGCUGCGCUCAAGCGCUGCUGGGGCCACUCGGAUUGUCUCCAGGAGACCGAGUGGGUCUGAUUUUGCCAAACAUUCCAGAGUUUGCCGUUAUUGCCUAUGGAGCUAUGAGGGCAGGCCUGGUUUUAACUUUCGCCAACCCACUCUAUACAGCUGAGGAAUUACGGCGACAGUUUUCAGAUUGCAAUGUGAAGGUGAUUGCUACUAUAGAAAUGUUCAUGCCAGUCGCGCAGCAAGUUAGCAGCACUCUCAAAGAUUAUAAAGGCACCAUAUGGGUCGGAGGAGAGGAUGACAAAACAAAAGGAAUAUAUGGACUGCGCUCUCUGUUGGCGGCGGACCACAAGUCUGACUUGCCGAACUUGAACUGCGAUGACGUGUGCCUCGUGCCGUACUCGAGUGGCACCACGGGCAUGCCUAAAGGCGUGAUGCUGACGCACAAGAACCUUGUCACUAACCUAAAGCAGGUUCAGUGCCCCAGCAUUAUGAAAUAUAAAGGAGAGAAAGGGCGCGGGGAUGUAUUGUUGACUGUGCCGCCAUUUUUCCAUAUUUACGGAUUUAAUGCAGUGAUGAAUUACAACCUCAGGCUUGGCUACCAUUUAGUUUCUAUACCUAAGUUCACACCAGAAAGCUACGUCAAUUGUCUAGUACAAUACAAACCAACCACGUUAUUUGUGGUUCCGUCACUGCUUGCCUUCUUGGCUACUCAUCCUUUAGUGAAGAAAGAACAUCUUCAAUCCAUUGAUACAAUUAUGGUAGGCGCUGCCCCCACCACUGAUAGUAUGUUGGAAAAGUUUCUGCUCAAAUGUGAGAAGACUAAGGAUGAAAUUAGAUUGCUGCAAGGUUAUGGUAUGACAGAGAGCUCCCCCGUAAGUCUGAUGACACCAUACUACUAUCCAUACAACAAGAUCGGCUCCGUGGGUCAACUGAUCUGUAAUACCCAGGGUCGAGUAGUUUCACUCACCACCGGGGAGAAUCUAGGCCCUCACAAAUCCGGAGAACUGCUGUUGAGAGGACCGCAGGUGAUGAAAGGCUAUUGGAACAACGAGACGGCUACUAAAGAAACAUUAGACAGCGAAGGUUGGCUACAUACGGGCGAUGUCGCAUAUUAUGACAACGAUCAUUAUUUCUACAUUGUCGAUCGCACAAAAGAACUCAUUAAAGUUAAGGGUAACCAGGUAUCACCGACGGAAAUUGAGAGUGUAAUUAUGGAGCAGCCGGAAGUGGCGGAUGUUGCUGUAGUAGGGAUGCCGGAUCCGCUGGCCGGGGAAGUACCGAAAGCCUUCGUUGUUCUUAAACCGAACAAUACACUCACCGAGAAGCAAAUCUACGACUUGGUAGCUGUUAAAUUAACCAAAUACAAGCAUCUGGAGGGCGGAGUCGCUUUCUUAGACAGCAUACCCAGGAAUGCUGCAGGCAAAAUCAUGAGAAACGAGCUCAAAGUUUUGGGACGCAAAUCCAAACAUUAAUUUUGUGAUGUCUAUCUAAUAGUAUUAAUAAUGUUGUUAAUAGUAAAAUAAUUGUAUAUAGGUGAUAGUCGUACGUCAUAUUUUAAGUAUUGUUCUGGUUUAAUUAGGGUCCUAUAAUAGAGCUGUGAUUAAUAUUGACUUAUCAUAUAAUAAAGUUGUUAUUUUAUUAAUGUAAAUAGAAAAUUAAAGAUGCUAUUUUCACAAACUGUAUUCUUUUAUUUGUUACACAAUUAUAUCAUCAUAAGGUCAGUUCAGUACUACACAAUGUUUUAAUUACGCCUAUUUCAGUACUUCAAAUUACAUAAAUAAGAAAAAUCUAUUAAAUGUUAAAUUUUUCCUGUAAGUCAUGUUUCUUCUUUUUCAAAUUUCUUUUUCCACUUAAUACUUCGUUUAUCACACACACUAAUUUUUAAUGCAUAAAUUGUCAGUUCCUAGAAUUCAGGAUGUUUAUGUAGACUUAAAUAUUGCUAGGAGACAAACAUUAAAAAUAGAUCAGAGGCUAUUUGAUAUGUGUAACUAAAACAGUACCACUAUGCUGUCUUUCAUUCGUUGGUUUGCAUAAGUAUAAAACUUAAGAAAGUAAUUUUUAAUGUAAUGUAAGUAUCACACCUUAUUUUAACAAUAUGCAUAUUGGGGGUUCAGGAAUAUUUGUACCAUAUAAUCCUAAGGCAUAGCAAAGACAAUUAAAAAUU